CGUGACGCGGCGUGCGGGGCGGGGCCGGGCGGCGGCGGCGGCCAAGAUGGCGGAGCUGGACCUGCUGGGCUCCAUCCUGCGCGCCAUGGAGCCGCCGCCCGCCCGGGGCCGCCGCGAGGCCCGCCGCGCCAGGGAGCAAACGGCCCAGCUGAAGAAGCUGCAGGAAGAGGACAAACGGCAGAAGGUGGAGUUCCGCAAGCAGAUGGAGAAGGAGGUGUCUGGCUUCAUUCAGGACAGCAGCCAAACCAAGAAGAAAUUCCAGCCCAUGAACAAAGUGGAGCGCAGCAUCCUGCAUGACGUGGUGGAAGUAGCAGGACUCACCUCCUUCUCCUUUGGCGAGGAUGAGGACUCGCGCUACGUCAUGAUUUUCAAGAAGGAAUUUGCCCCCUCGGAUGAAGAGCUGGAAACUUACCGCAGAGGGGAGGAGUGGGAUCCGCAGCAGGCCCAGGAGAAGCGUCGGCUCAAGGAGCUGGCCGAGAAGCAGGCUGAAGAGGAAGCCCUGAGAGGUCCCGCGGUGGUGAGCCCCAACACAGACUACAAAGACAAGUAUAGCCAUCUCAUCGGCAAGGUGGCUGCCAAGGAUGCUGCCCACACCAUGGAGGCAAACAAGGCCUACGGCUGCGUUCCUGUGGCCAACAAGAGGGACACGCGCUCCAUUGAGGAGGCCAUGAACGACAUUCGGGCCAAGAAGCGCCUGCGCCAGACAGAGGAGGAGACCCCUGCGCCGCCUGCCAAGAGCUCCUAGGGCGGGGAUUGUCACCGCAGGGCACACGUGUGUGUGUGUGUAUCAGGAACUGUCUCCAGAGCUCCUGCUGCUGCUGCUAUUUGUGAGUCCCGUUUGGGAGGCUCCAGUGUGGAGGAGGAGGAGCAGCUGCGGCCCCCCUGCCCUACUCUCCCUUCUCCGUUGCACUUCUCAAGUAUUUAACCAAUAGUUUAGGGUGGUGUUUUGAUUUUAAUACUGGCCAUGGAGGUGAAGGUGAUCCGUUCUGCCCCGAGAGAGAGCCUGGGCCGAGCUGAGAAGCCAGGAGGGCUGCACCCUCCGUGUGCCUUGGGACAACUGCAGAGGGCCAGCCACAUGCCCUCUCAGCCCCUCCCUUACUCAAAUGCAGCCAGCCCUUCUAGCCCAUGGAGGGAGUCUUGCAGGCCCUGCCCUCACCCCCGCCAUGGAGGCCUGUUUGGCUGUAGCAUUAGAGGGCUAUUCUCCCACCAGAGGGAGCGGCAGCUAGUGGUGUUCUUCUGCCCAGGAGCACUGUUCCCCUUGCUCUCUUUUGUGUAGCUGCUGGCACUCCUGGCCACAUGAGCCCAGAUCACCAUCUCUCUUACAGCACAGGAAUGGCUCUGUGGGAUUCAGGCCAGAUCACGGCCUGGGAGGAGGCAUGGCUGGAGUUGGAGGGUGUCACGCCUGCUUUUCAAUUCCUGGCCUCGGCUGGAGGGUUUUUAUUAAGUUGUGCUUUAUGUAUCUCCUCCAAAGUGGACUGGCUGUGGGCUCCCAACAUCUCUGCCUGUCUGUCCAGUCUCCCAUGAUUGUGAAUUCUGGUGCAGGAGGCGGAGGUGGCAGCCGCAUAGAGGUGUGCAGCAUUAAAAUCAGUUUUGAA